ACAUUAUCAACAUCGACGUAUUUAAGAGCACUAUUUGAAUUUUUCUGCGUGCUUGUCGGGAGAAUAUGAAUACAACUGGGUUAGAAAAUGCCACUCAAGGAAAUGGAACAGUAACAAAUCUAGAGUUCAAUUUGGACUCAUUGGUUACCAAUACGGCUUUGUUCUUUUUGGCUGUUAUACCUAUUUAUAUCGGUUCUUUCCGAUCAACAAAGUGUAAGAAGAGUACUGAUGAAGAGAAAUCAGUUGAGGUUGUUACGGCAAAAGAUGCAGCAAUGUUUCCUUUCAUUGCUAGUGCAGCACUCUUCGGCAUGUACGUUGUAUUCAAGGUCGGUUCGUAUUUGCAUCUCUACAAUGUUAUACAGUAUGUCCCAAUGCAAUACAUCAACUACGUUCUAAAACUACAUUUCUCCUUUAUGGGUACAUGUGCAAUGUCCCGUUUUUUAUCGCCAAUCUUUCGACCGUAUGUGCCGAAUUGUAUCCAAAAUAACUGCUACAAGCUGGAAAUUUCUAAGAGCUCAGAAAGCACAGAGAAUGGUUCGAAUUCAGAGUGGAAACUUUUAGAUCGCUCAGUGUUCUCAAUAGAAACAAAAGAUUUCCUAGGUACAGGUGUAGCUAUUUUAAUCGGAAUUUGGUAUUUCGUGUCUGGGCAUUGGGUGGCAAAUAAUUUUGUCGCAGGAACAAUAGCGAUUUUAGCUAUUGAAUUUAUUAGGCUGAAUAAGUUUAUAAACGGGAUUUUAUUACUUUGCGGAUUGUUCAUAUACGACAUAUUUUGGGUCUUUGGAACUGGUGUCAUGGUAGCUGUUGCCAAGAAUUUGGAUGCUCCAAUUAAAGUUCUCUUCCCACGAGAUUUCCUUAUGCACGGAUUUUAUGGAAAACAGUUGGCUUUGCUCGGUCUGGGUGAUAUAGUUGUCCCAGGGAUAUUUAUUGCUUUGCUUCUUCGUUUCGAUAGAAAACUUGGACGUGAAAAUAGUUGUGCUUACUUUUACUGUGGAUAUAUUGCUUAUAUCGUCGCUAUUAUCACGACUUUUGUAAUGAUGCAUGUUUUUAAACAUGCUCAACCAGCAUUACUUUACCUGGUCCCAGCGUGUUUAGGUGCACCAUUACUUAUGGCUCUGGUGAAAAAUGAUAUCACUGCUAUGUUCAGUUAUGAAGAUGAACCAGAAUCUGAAAAAGCCAAUGAAGCUGAUAAUUCAGUUUCAACUGACGACAAGAAGACAAAUUAAUCAUCCUUCCUACUGACGUCGAAUUCGCAUCAUUUAAAAACAAAAAAGACUGACAUUUUAAAAGAAGAUAUAACAAGGAAGAGAGGAAAGAAAUUUACUUCAAUUCUCUUUUGUAAUAAAUAUGCUAAGUAACUGAUUUUCUGACUACGCAUUCUCAUCUGUUGUGUCUGUGUGUAAAUGUGUUGUUUGUCGGUGUUUGUUUUCUUCUUGAAUUUUUGUGGUUUUCAACUUUUAUUUGACAUAACUUCCACAGAGACAAUGCUUAUGUCUUUCUGCCUUUAUAAGUAUUAUCAUGAAUAUGUUUUGUUUGAAGUAAAUUUUAAAGAUUGUCAUCGCUCUGUCUUAUAACAUACAAUAUAUGCACUUCUCCAAGGAUUAUUAUUAUUACUAUUCUUUACUUG